GCCCGGUCCCGGCCCCCACUCCGCCGCCAAGCGCCCCGCGGAGGGCUCUGCCCGGCGCGCACUGACCUGGCGGCGGCUCCCCGGCCUCCCGGGGGCUCUUCAUGGUGGCGGCGGCGGCUCCUGCCGCCCGCUCACUGCCGGCCCCGCCGAGCCGACCCGCGCGGCGGCGCGGCCCAGGGCCCCGGCAUGCUUCGGCGCGGCGCUGGCUCCUCCCGGCCGCGGGGGCGGGCGCGGAGGCGGGGGCUGCGGGGGGCCGGGCCCCGGGGCGUCUGCCCCGCGCCGUCGCGGCGGUGUCGGCGGCGGUGGUCGGGCGCGCGGGUGGGCAGGGGCAUGACACGGCGGGCGGGGGAUUCGGGACCGGCAGCCGGGGCGCGGCCUGAGGCGGGCGGGGAACCGCGGGGCGCGGCGGCAGCCAGCCCUGCCCCGGGGCGGGGCACCGCCGCUGGGAUGGGGCCGUCCCCAGCCGGUGGGACGGGGCAGCGGCGGAACCCGGUGUCGGGUUAGGCGGAAGGGCCCGUGCCGCUGCCUUCCGGUUCCGGCGCGCGGUGCAGGGCGGGACGCUGGAGGAGCCAUUAGGGGUGUAAAGCCACAGCACUGCAAACAUGUCGAUUGGAGUGCCUAUUAAAGUCCUGCAUGAGGCUGAAGGCCAUAUUGUGACAUGUGAAACCAAUACAGGAGAAGUUUACCGAGGCAAACUUAUUGAAGCAGAAGACAAUAUGAAUUGUCAGAUGUCCAACAUAACAGUGACAUACAGAGACGGACGAGUGGCACAGCUGGAACAGGUCUACAUCAGAGGCAGCAAGAUACGGUUUCUCAUUUUACCAGAUAUGUUGAAGAACGCUCCUAUGCUAAAGAGCAUGAAGAAUAAAAACCAGGGCUCUGGAGCUGGGCGAGGAAAAGCAGCUAUUCUCAAAGCUCAAGUGGCUGCAAGAGGAAGAGGCCGUGGGAUGGGCCGUGGCAACAUCUUCCAGAAGCGAAGAUAAUUUUGGUCUUGACCAACAUUUUUUUUUCUUUUUCACUGGGGGUAUUAACUUGGUUACAUGUGUAUUGGUAUCAGUUUUGCUUAAUAAAUGUUUCCGACAAAAACUUGUCUGCUGUUGCAUGGCAGGACUCCUCUUGGGCAAGUACAUUGUAGAUCGAUUGCAAAUUUAAAACAGCUUUGGAAAAUAGUGGAAUUGAUUUUUUGCAUUUGACUAUCUUAUGUGAUGCAUUGACUUUUAAAGAUCACGGUUUCCUGUUUCUUGUUUAGUCCUGUUGUCAUUCAUUCUCUAAAGAAUGGGAAUGCAUUUUUUAUGAAGAAUUUUUAAACAAUACCUUUUAAAGUUGUAUUAGCAGCUGCAUUUAUGGAAAACACAGUGAAUCAAAGUCAGCUUCCUGAGAAGCAAAUCACUAUGUUCUUUUGCUUUAUAUGAAUCUACAGUAGGUAGAGGUCCAUCCAUCUUCAGAUCUGUACUUUGAGCUUGUAUUCUUGUGUUUCUUACUUUUCUCUUUGGAUACAGGGAUAAUUUUUCAUUAGGAACACACAGCUUUGAUAGCCUGAGUCUGUAUUUGCAGUGAAAAUUUUGAAUUCUUAGUAGUCUUUUCCCCUAUGCCUGGGAAGAGAUGACAAUAUAAAAUAAGCAUUUUCAAGGAUGAAUUUGACAUGUUUUGUAAACUUGUAAUGCAGGUAUAUGGGGAAAGUCUUAUAAAUGGUUAUCCAUUAAAUACAACUUGAUACAAUUGGUAAUCUUUUGAUUUAGGAUCAACCCCAACUCUUGGUCUUAACAGUCAUAUAGAUCAUCAGCUGAUUGGCAGGAAGCCAAAUGUAGUUGAGUAACCGAAGUUUAUUUUGCUUUAAGUGUAAGUGUGGUUGUUCUUACUGACUUAGAUGGUUGAGAAGUUUAAGUGUAAGACUUCUGUACCUUAUCAUAUACUUGCAUACAAUCAACUAUUAGUCUGUACUUGUACAGAACAGCUAGUCUUGCUUUUCUGCUCUUACGCUGUGAAGACUAUCCCUUGUGUGCAGACAUGAAAGUUGAACUUAUGUAUUAAUUUGUUGAAUUGUCUGUAAAUAAAGCUGUACACCAUUAGGAAAA